GCUCUGAGCGAUCGACAGACCUGCAGAAGAGUGUGUGUGUGUGUGUGUGUGGACAGAAAACACACACUCAUCCCUCAUCUUCAUGUGUUUUCCUGGUGAUAUUCAGAAUGAGCACACAGGAAGUGGAGAAACAGGAUGUUGGAUAUGAGACUCCGCCCAUCGCUGACCUUUUGACCCUGAUGCUGAAGAACAGACGAGCCACCGGAGCCUAUAAUGAAGUCUGGCCCAGAAUCAUCAUCAGCGAUGCUGCGACAGCAAGAGACAAGACCCUGCUGCGGCGUCUGGGCAUCACACACAUCCUGAACGCUGCAGACGGGCCUGCGCACAUACACACCGGCGCAGAGUUCUACUGGGACACACACACAGAGUACCAUGGUAUAGAGGCGGCAGACAGCAGACUCUUCAGCAUCGCACCCUUCCUACAGCCAGCAGCGGAUUUCAUUCAUCACGCUCUGCAGGGGGCAGGGAAGCUCCUGGUUCACUGUGCGAGAGGAGUCAGUCGAUCCUCCACAUUAGUUCUGGCGUAUCUGAUGAUCUAUGAACAUCUCAGCAUCACAGACGCCAUCGCUGCCGUUUCUGCACACAGGAAUAUUCUACCCAACGCUGGAUUCCUGCAGCAGCUGCGUGUGCUGGACACCAGCCUCAUGCAGAGCAGACACGCAUCCACACUCACUGUUAUAAAUUAAAGAAUAAUUAAAGGAGCUCAAUGUGGAACUGAUCAACUCUGCUUAUGAGCGACACCGGUGGUCAAUCAGUGAACUGCAGCACUGAUGUAUAGUUGAGUGAUUAUUAUAUAGCCCUCACUUAUUUACAUAUGCAGAUGUGCUUAAAUGUAUUUAUUUAGUAUAUUAUUUCAGUCAUAUUAAUAUAUGCUAGUAAUAUUAACUAGUAUGUGAAUAUAAGAUUUAUUUACAAGUCAGUUUAAUUAAUAUUCUCUGU